AUGAGGGUGAACUUGGGCGCCCUCACCCUCUUCGUGGCCCUGGUGGGACUUUCCAGCUUCGUCUUCCUCGUGGUGGCCAUCGCGACGGACUUCUGGUACAUCAUCGAUGCCUCCAAGCUGGACGCGUCCCGGAACGGCUCGGACGCGCUCAGCUCGCACUCGGGGCUGUGGCGGACCUGCCGCGUGAGGAGUGAGUGUUACCCUUUGAUAAACCCCUUCUGGCACAAGAAUGCAAACAUCACCGAGUCACACAGACAGCUUUUGUACAUGCAUGGAACAUUUGUCAUCCUGAUGCCCCUCAGCCUGAUACUGAUGAUUUUUGGAGGAAUGACUGGGUUCAUCAGUAUCCUUGCCAGGGCCUACCUACUGCUUCUGAUGACAGGACUGCUUUUUCUUUUUGGAGCUCUGGUCACACUUACUGGGAUCAGUGUCUAUAUUGCAUAUUCAGCUGCUGCCUUUGAAGAAGCUGUCUGCCUCCUGAGGAGCAAGGACCUCCUGGUGGAAAUCGAUAUCAGGUUUGGCUGGUCCCUUGCCCUGGUCUGGAUCUCCUUUGUCGCAGAAGUGCUCACUGGGGCCGUGUUCCUCCUGGCAGCAAGAGUUGUGGGUCUGAAACGGCAACGUGAGCAGACAUUAUGAACAACAGGUAUCCCUGCAACAACAGAACCCUGAAGAGCCUGACAGUCUGGAUUGCUCGGUCCAGCUGGUCACUGGGGGUGUAUAAAAGUGGAAGGCUGAGUACCUUGUCCACUACUGUAAACCUUUUCCCUCACA